AUGUCAGACUCUUGUCCUUGGUGGCAUUACGAUGACGUUACAAAAUGUGCAAGGACCACCUACCUUGACGGAUUAUAUCCUCUUGUAGUCGGUGGUGCCUCAUUUGCUCUACUAUCAGUAAAGACAAGCAUACACCUUUAUAAGCAUGGUAAGAAGACCGGGGCCCCUAGUGCCGAAACCCAGCCUCUUCUUGCAGCUGCUGAUGCAUACGGAUCCGUUGAAGCUCCUGAAGAAAUUGCCAACGUUUCUAUUAAGGAACGUCACUUUGACCUUAAACGUGUACCAGAUACUAAUGAAGACGGUACCCCUCACGGCAAACGUCAAUUGGUAUUCAAGGAUACCGCCGACCGCUUUAGAGUAUGUGUCGAAUAUCUCGCCGUCAUCUUGCGUUUAGCUUUGGCCAUCUCAAUGCUUUUCUACCCUGAAUUUAAACAUUAUUGGAGAAAGACACCUUUUACUGCCUGGAUUCAAAUUUUCUUUUGGACUUAUAUUUUCGUCAUUGUUUCUAUUAGAGUUGGGAAUUUAAACAAAUUACGCCUUCAUCUCCCAUCACUUUGGAGUCAUUGUACAGUGUUGUAUUUCUUCAACCUUUUAUCUACAGUGAUUUCAUUUAGAUCUGCUCUUACUCACAAUGUUACCGUGGAUUCAGUUCGUUACUUAUACAUCGCCCAGUUUGUCCUUGCAUCUAUUCUCUUAAUUACAAACUUCCUGUCCAAAACAGCCGAUAAACCUGCAGUUUUAUACAUCACUAGUGAUGGUGUUACACCAUCUCCAGAAAAUGUGUCUAGUCUUUUCGACCUCUUGUCUUAUUCUUGGCUCGAUAAGAUGGUUUGGAAAUCUUAUAAGCAAACUUUAGAAAUGAAAGAUAUUUGGGGUUUAAGAGAAGAUGAUUAUGCAUUAUCUAUCCUUAAGUCUUUUGAAAGAGGUAAGAAAGCUGCUAAUUUCACCAUUAGAUUGUUUUCACAUUUCAAGUUAUUACUUGCUGUUCAAGCUUUUUGGGCUGUAUUAGAAGCUCUUUUAAUCUUUGCUCCAUCUCUUUUAUUAAAGAAAAUCUUGGAAUAUGUUGAAAACCCAGAAGUCAAUUCUAAGAAUUUGGCUUGGUGUUUUGUGUUUGGUAUGCCAAUCUUUAAGAUGCUUGAUUCUAUUUCAUCUGGAUGUUCUCUUUUCAUUGGUAGAAGAGUUUGUCUUAAGAUGAGAGCUAUCAUCAUUGGUGAAGUUUAUGCUAAGGCUUUGAGAAGAAGAAUCACAGUUUCUGAAGUGAGCGAAGAAGAUGAGGAAGAAAAGAAGGAUGACGACUCCAACAAAAAUAAGAGUGAAUCUUCCAGUCAAAAGGGCGAUAAGGAAGAACCAAAGAAGACAGCUGAAUUAGGUGCAAUCAUCAACUUGAUGGCCAUUGAUGCUUUCAAGGUUUCUGAAAUUUGUGGUUAUUUACACUUCUUCGUUGGAUCUAUUUUGAUGAUUUUCAUUUGUAUUUAUUUAUUAUAUGGAUUGCUUGGAUGGAGUGCCUUGGUAGGUGCUACCUCUAUUGUUGCCUUGUUACCACUUAACUAUAAGAUUGCUAGUUAUUUUGCUCAAAUGCAAAAGAAGAUGUUGACCAUUACUGAUAAAAGAAUUCAAAAGAUGAAUGAAACUUUCCAAAGUAUUAGAAUUAUCAAGUUCUUUGCUUGGGAAGAUAAGUUCUAUGACAGUAUCAUGGAAGUUAGAUCUAAGGAAUUGCACAAGUUGAAGGUUAGACUUGCCGCUUGGAGUGCUGGUGCCUUUGUUUGGUUUAUUACCCCAACUUUAAUCACUUUAUUAUCAUUCUAUUGCUACACCAUCAUUGAAGGUAAGGUUUUGACUGCUCCAAUUGCUUUCACAUCUUUGUCUUUAUUCACUUUAUUAAGAUCGCCAUUAGAUCAAUUAUCUGAUAUGACUUCGAUUGUGCUUCAAUCCAAGGUUUCCCUUGAUAGAGUUGAUGAUUUCUUGAAUGAAGAAGAAUCUUCUAAGUACGAACAAUUAGGUCAAGAAGCUGGUCCUAACUCUCCAUAUAUCGGAUUUGAAAAUGCCACAUUUUCUUGGAACUCAAAGGCUGAAACUGAUUUCAAAUUAAAGGAUUUGAAUGUUGACUUCAAGGCUGGAAAGUUGAAUGUUGUUAUCGGUCCAACUGGUGCCGGUAAGACUUCUUUACUUCUUGCCUUACUUGGUGAAAUGGAAUUGACUGCAGGUAAGGUUUUCUUACCUGGUAUUAUUCCUAGAGAUGAAUUGAUUAUUGACCCUCGUACUGGGUUGACUGAAUCUGUUGCCUAUUGUUCUCAAGCUGCUUGGUUAUUGAAUGACACCAUCAAGAGCAAUAUUGUUUUUGCUGCUCCAUUUAACCAAGAUCGUUAUGACAAGGUUAUUGAAGCCUGUGGUUUGAAGCGUGAUCUUGAAAUCUUGAGUGCUGGUGAUGCUACUGAAAUUGGUGAAAAGGGUAUUACAUUAUCUGGUGGACAAAAGCAAAGAGUUUCUUUGGCCAGAGCUUUGUAUUCCAAUUCUAGACAUGUUUUGUUAGACGAUUGUUUAUCUGCUGUCGAUUCUCAUACUUCAUUGUGGAUUUAUGAAAACUGUAUUUCCGGUCCAUUGAUGCAAGGUAGAACUUGUAUUUUAGUUUCACAUAAUGUUGCUUUGACCGUACAAAAGGCCGAAUGGAUUGUUGUCAUGGAAAAUGGUAGGGUUAAAUCCCAAGGUGAGCCAGAAUCUUUACUUGCUUCUGGUGAUUUGGGUGACGAUGAUAUGAUUAAAACCUCUGUUAUGAACUCUAGAUCUCAAUCCACUACAAACUUGCAAUCUUUGGAUGACAAGAAUGCCGACUUGAAAGCCAAGGGUGCCGCUAUUGAAGCUAAACUCAAGGCUGCCACUGCCAAUGACCCAGUUGAAGAAGAAGUUAAGACUGAUGGUAAGUUGGUGGAAGAAGAAGCUAAAUCGGAUGGUGUUGUUGACUUCAAGGUUUACGCCGGUUAUGCCAAGGUUUUCGGAGGAUGGCCAAUGUGGAGUUUCCUUCUUGCUGUCUUUGCUAUUUCCCAAGGUGUUUACAUGUUGCAAUCAUUAUGGUUGAGAAGUUGGUCUUUGCACAGUGGAUUAUCAUCCACUAAGGACGCUGCAAUCGCCAUGGCACAAGUGAGUAGUGUUUAUGAUGUUUCUGAAGUUGCUUCACUGCCAAUUGUUCGUGUCUUUUCUGGAGGUCUUCAAUUGGUUUCUACUACUGUGUCUACUUUGGAAACUAUGAAGGAGGAAAAAUCUGCUUUGUACUACAUUGCUGUUUAUGGUAUUAUUGGUGUUAUUUACUCUGUCACUGCUUGUUUGAGAGUGCUAGUCACCUUCUUCUCUGGUGUUAGAGCAUCCAACCGUAUCUUUAAGCAAGUUUUAUCUACAGUUUUGAAAGCUAAAUUGAGAUUCUUUGACAAGACUCCUCAAGGCCGUAUUAUGAACAGAUUCUCGAAGGAUAUCGAAGCCGUUGAUCAAGAAUUAACUCCAUUCGCUGAAGGUGUAUUUGCUUGCGUUGUCCAAUGUGUUUCUACUUUGGUACUUAUUACCGCAAUCACUCCUGGUUUCCUUAUUUUCGCAUUGAUUGUUUCCUUCUUGUAUUACUUAGUUGGUUUAUUCUAUGUGUCUGUUUCUCGUGAAUUGAAGAGAUUCGAAUCUAUUACAAAGUCUCCAAUCCAUCAGCAUUUCUCUGAAUCAUUGAACGGUGUUGCUACAAUUAGAGCUUAUGGUGUUGAAUCCCGUUUCAUGAAACAAAACUUGCAAGCCAUUGACAACAAUAACCGUCCAUUCUUUUACUUGUGGGUUGCUAACAGAUGGUUAUCUUUCCGUGUUGAUGCUGUCGGUUCUUUGGUUAUGUUUUUCUCUGGUAUCUUUGUUUUAACCUCAGUUGGUAAGAUUGAUGCUGGGUUGGCUGGUUUGUCAUUGUCCUAUGCAAUUGCUUUCUCUGAAAGUGCUUUAUGGAUUGUUCGUCUCUACGCCAAUGUUGAAAUGAACAUGAACUCAGUAGAACGUUUACAAGAAUAUUGUGAAAUUGAACAAGAACCACCUUAUGAAAUUCCAGAAACUGCACCAAGAGCCUCAUGGCCAGAAAAGGGUGAAAUUUCUGUUAAGGAUGUAUCCUUACGUUAUGCUCCUGAAUUACCAAGAGUCAUUAAAAACGUAUCUUUUGAUGUUCAACCAUGUAACAAGAUUGGUAUUGUUGGUCGUACUGGUGCUGGUAAGUCUACCAUUAUCACUGCAUUCUUUAGAUUUAUCGACCCAGAGACCGGUAGUAUUUUGAUUGAUGGAGUUGAUAUCACUAAGAUUGGUUUGCGUAACUUGCGUCAAGCAAUCACUAUCAUUCCACAAGACCCUACCUUGUUUACUGGUACAAUCAAGUCUAACUUGGAUCCAUUUUCACAAUACACUGAUGCACAAAUCUUUGAAGCUUUGAGAAGAGUUAAUUUGAUUGGUGCCGAUGAGACUUUGGAAUCAGCUGAAGCUGGUGAAAACCAAAAUAAGUUCUUGAACCUCGACUCUCCAGUUACUGAAGGGGGUGGAAACUUAUCUCAAGGUCAAAGACAAUUGAUGUGUUUGGGUAGAUCUUUGUUGAAGAGUCCUAAGGUUAUCUUGUUGGAUGAAGCUACUGCUUCUAUUGACUACAAGUCCGAUGCUAUGAUCCAACAGACAAUCCGUGAAGAGUUUUCUGGCUCUACAAUUUUGACAAUUGCUCACAGAUUGAGAUCUAUCAUUGAUUAUGAUAAGAUUUUGGUUAUGGAUGCGGGUAAAGUUGUUGAGUACGAAGAUCCAUACAAGUUGAUCGCAGACAAGAGCUCAUUAUUCUACAGUAUGUGUGAAAACAGUGGUGAACUUGAAUCUCUUACUAAGCUUGCUAAGGAGUCAUUUGUCGAAAAGAAGAACAAGUCACAACGUAGUUAA